CAGAAGAGGGCGCUUUACUCCCUUGUCUUUCGCACGGUGCAGGUGCUUGCCUUGGCGAGAAGUGAAGAAGAGAACAACAGAAGCGAUGAGUGACUCAGAUGCUGCCGCUUCUUCGUCAACGAAGGCGUCGCACAGCGUCAAUGUCAAGGCCUCUGCGCGACAGUUCAUCCAGCGGUUCAUCGGAACUGUAGGCCACGAAGCAAAAUCCGCUUGCCAAAACAGAUGCAUGGCACUCAUCAUUCCUCUUGUGUGUGCUGUUGUGUGAACGUGUGUGUGCGUUCAGCCUGUGGCUGGUAGGACGGACGUCGAGUCGACGCUCGAGCCGGGCCUGCGCGCCACCGUCCGCAGAGGCGAGCAGCAGCCCAUCCCGCUGACCUCCCCGAGUGGCAACCCGACCGGUGAGUCGGUCGCACCCGGGGACAAGGUCGUGGUCUUCGAGACCGUCCAGAAAGGCCUGGUUGCGGUGGACCCCCACAAUCGGCGCUGGGGACGGCCCGUCGACCACGUGGUGGGCUACGCCCCUCGGGCUGCGUUCGCCUUGCCCGCGCCUGACGGACUGCUGGGGAGCGUGAGGUUCCCGGUGUCUCACAAGACCAGCUGGACCCGGCUGCGAGAGGUGAACGUGGCCAUGCUCAGAGCCCCCAGGCAGCGGCUGUCCGGCGACUGCUCCCUCCUCGCCGCCGUGCGGGCAGCGCAAGCUGCGGCCCCAGACCGCAUCUACGACAUGGUUACGCUCAUAGACCGCCAAUGCGCCACGGGCCCCCAGCGAGCCAAGGUCCGCUAUUUCUCAAAGGAUCGCCACGGGCGGUUUCAGCCGGAAGAGGUGACGGUCACCACUCGCCGCCUCCGCGCCCAGAUCCCCUGCUUGCCCCACAUGAUGCGACCCCGCUUCGGGGCCACGGUGGAGGGACAGGUCGCGGAGAUCGGCUGGCCGCUGCUGGGACGGCCCAGACAUGAGCUGGGCUGGAUGCUCAUCGAGAAGGCCCGGGCCAAGACCAUGGCGGAUGGGACCUGGAACGCGCUCGCCAACGAGGGGCAGGGAGUCGUCGAGACCUUCGAGUGGCUGCUGGGGUGGCGUACCGAGACUAUCUCUCUCCCCAAGGACCGGCCCCUCACCGAUCUCUACGAGGAGAUCCGCGCCGCGUAUGCCCGGGGGGAGCCGGUGGUGGUGGUGGCUGGAAACGACAAGUACUGCCACGCCUAUCCGCUGCUCCGCAUCUCCGGAGGGGGCCGGGCGGUCCUGGGGACCGGCCAUUGGUACAAGUCGCGCAAGAGUCCAAGUCGCGAGGUAAUCGCCAAGCUUCGGCUCGACGGCAAGCGGGAUUUCUUUGGGCCCCCCGUCGGCAUCGUUAAUGGUAUGCUUAUCCUUGGGAUCACGAUCGCCCGCCGGGAAUACCUCACGGCCCCUCCCAUCAUCCACGCGUCGUGGUAUGUGAGUUGACUCACUCGCACGACAGCAGCCAUGACACAUAUACAGUGAUCCCGCUUAUGUGUGCAGAUUUUCCACUUCGUCUGGAGAUCCCACUGCAGCUCCCUGCUCGAUUGGAGCCGCAUCAUAUCGACGUGCACUGGUGCAGCGCGGAUGUGUUGGGCGGCUCUCAUUCCUAUGCGUGCCUUCGAGUUUAUUGAUGGUGACCUUGCGGAAGGCGAAAACUCUGCUGGGAGGGCCGGUCAGGAGCGGCUGUGCCAGAGGAUGGACAUUGAAUGGAUGUCCCAGAGAGACAUACCGGCAAGGGAUGACAUUGCAUUGCGCGCGAGAGACGACCUCAUGCUCAAGCGGCUGGAUGACAGAUCAGUGUGACUUUGCUGUUGCGUAUGAUGGUUGACAGGGAGGCAUGUAUCAUGCAUCGUACAUGGGACUUACGUGAAGGGUUGCCAUUGGGUCGAUGUGAAUAGUGGUGGAUUCACUGAUUCAUUCGUUGAUUGUCCUGACCCAUGUGAACUACUGGACAAGCAAGUGUAGAUAGAAAAACGAAUGCACUCAAAAGAAGGAGCGGUUCAGUG